AUGCGCCUGCGGCACCCGCAUCCAGCGCAAAUCCCUAUCGAUAUCGUUAUUCUCGAGCGUGGCAACUUCCACGGUCGACGCUCGAAGCACCAGAACUCAAACACCGCCUUGGCAACGCCAACUCGCGUUUUAGGGAGCUAUUCUGGCCCGCCACUUUGCUUUUAUAGAGGUGGGGCGCCGGCGUUUCAAGGCGCCCAGCGGGAUCUUGAGGCGUGCUGGCAGCCAUUCCGCGCUGCAAGUACGGUGCCGCACGGUUUUUUUCCACAGGGUGGUUCGCAACCAGCGCGCCGGCUUAAGCGGACCUGCUUCCUAUAA